AUGAACGGCCAUAUCGAGUUCCCCGACGCUCACGCUGCGCCUGGCACCAACGGUUCCACGCCACGGCCGCUCAAGCGUGACCCGGAUGGAUUUCUGCGUCGCUCUGUACAAGACCUGUUCUCGCUCGCGCAAAGAACCGUCGUCAUAACUGGAGGCGCGCGCGGCAUCGGAUUGGCAUUCACCUUUGCCGUGGCAGAGGCUGGCGGUCAUGUUGCCAUCCUCGACGUCGCUGACGAACCGCAUCCGCAUUUCCAUGAGCUUGCAAAACGUCAUCCCAAGCAACAGUUCAAGCAUUACAAGACCGACGUGACGAAAUAUGAAGUCUUGCAAAAAUCAAUUGAUGCGAUUGUUGAAGACUUUGGGCGGAUCGACGGAUUAAUCACCGCUGCUGGCAUUUGCCCCGACGAGCCAUUUCUGGAACGAGACCCAAAGUCGGUUGCACGAUGCUUCGAAAUCAACACCCUGGGAACGUAUUACGCUGCGCAGCUCGUGGCGAAGCAAAUGACGACACAAGCACCGACCGACUUUAACCCACAUGGAGGCAGCAUUGUCUUUGUUGCGUCCAUCGCAGCGUAUGUGGCUAGCAAAGGACAGUGCACCAGCGACUACUGCUCUAGCAAAGGGGCAGUCGUAUCGCUUGCCAAGGCAUUAGGUGUGGAACUCGCCGCUCAUCAUAUCCGGGUCAACAGUAUUUCGCCAGGAUAUACCGUAACCGACAUGACGCUGGAUCUGUGCGAGCGGAUGCCACACCUCGGUCAUAUCAUGACACAUGAACCGCCCAUGCGGCGUAUGGCCGAUCGCACGGAUCUCAAGGGCAUUGUGGUGUAUUUGCUAUCCGAUGCGAGUGCUUAUCAGACCGCUGAGGACACACUCAUUACCGGUGGGAUUCAUGCAGGUCGCUUGAUGUGA